AUGACACCUACCGUCCUUCUUGAUGUCCUCCCAAAGCGCGACAAGUGGUGGUUUCAAUACAAAUCGCUACUCAAUCUCAAUCUUCUCCUCCUUGGAUGCAUUGCUGCUGAUAUAACCAACGGCUAUGAUGGCUCCAUGCUUAACGGCCUACAAAUCAUCCCACAAUGGCAGGAGUAUUUCGCUCACCCCUCUGGCUCGCGACUUGGCUUGAUCACCAAUGGAACUCGAAUUGGCCAAGCAGGGGCCUUGUUCGUUGUUAAUCCGCUCAUCGAGAGAUUGGGUCGCAAGAAGCCUAUUGCCAUUGGUUCCGUGAUCAUGCUGGUGGGAAUUGCCGUGCAAACGGCUGCUACGAAUACCGCCAUGUUCGUAAUUGGGCGUGUUUUAAUCGGGUUCGGAAACAAUAUACAGCAAUCUACAUGUCCGAUUCUAUUGUCGGAGCUGGCGUACCCUUCACAACGGCCCCAGAUUACCGGGAUUUUGAACUCGACCGGCUCUCUGGGCCAAAUUAUGGCCGCAUGGAUCACAUAUGGAACGGCAGGAAUGUUGACUUCAUGGAGUUGGCGCCUUCCUAGUCUCCUUCAAGCACUAUCUUCCAUUUUCCAACUGAUUAUGGUCUUUUUCAUGCCUGAAUCGCCACGGUGGCUAGUCUACAACAAUGGUCGGGAGGAGGCACGCCAAAUACUAUGCAAAUACCACGCUGAGGGCGACGAAAAUUCGGAGCUGUUGGCGUUUGAAAUGGCAGAAAUUGACUACCAACUCGAGCUGGAAAAAGCCAAUGCAAAAUCGUCCUGGAUGGAAUGGUUCCGCACGCCUGCUAAUCGUCACCGACUCUUCGUUAUUGUGUCGCUAGCCUUUUUGAUCCAGUGGUGUGGGAAUGCACUGGUCUCGUACUAUUUGCAUCUUGUCCUGAACUCAAUUGGCGUGACCAACACGAAAACUCAAUUGCUGAUCAAUGGUGGAUAUACUAUUGAAGGGCUCAUUUUGGGAAUGUCGUUUUCGCUUCUAAUCGAUAAGGUGGGAAGACGUAAAAUGUUCUUGAGCGGAAUGGUUGUGAUGUUCAUUGCCUACUUGCUUCUUACCAUCUUCACUGGCAUCAAUGCGAGCCAUAAUUUCUCCAAUGCUGGUCUGGGCGGUGGCACUAUCGCCAUGAUCUAUAUAUUUGGCGUCGGUUACAAACUCGCGGGCCCAACACAGGAACCGUAUUUCAUGGAAAUCAGUCCCUAUAAUCUGCGCGCAAAAACAUCUGUACUCAAACAAUUUGGUGAUGCUGGAGCAAACCUUUUCAGUGGAUUCGUCAAUCCGAUUGCUCUAGAUGCGAUUUCAUGGAAGUAUUAUAUCGUAUGGUGUUGCAUGCUUGUUAGUAACUUCAUAGUGAUUUAUUUCUUCUAUCCUGAGACAAAGGGGUUGUCUCUUGAAGAAGUUACUCAGAUGUUGGACGGAAAGACACCAGGCAAGAACUUGGACGAAGAGGAGCAGAGUGAGGCCCAAAAGGCUACGGUGGAGACAGUUGAGGACGUGAAUCCUGUAGCUUAA